CUUCGGUCUAUCGACGAUAUGGGAGGGAGGUGUAUAUAUAUUGGCGAAAAUCAUAAACAUAACAGUAAAGAUAGUGGAUAGCCGGGCGUGAAAGCGGACUUGUGACGUGUUAUCAGGGCCGCCGCGAUAAGCCCAAGCCCAAGAACCGAUCCCAACUGCGCAGCAGCAGCGCCAGCAGCAACAACAACCAAAAUCGGAGGAGAGUGUGUAAUCAGUAAUCAGAGUCGAGUUGUUUUGAUUUCCUUCCUCGGAAAUGAAACGAAACGAAUCGAAUUGAAAUGAAAAAUGAAACUCCGCUCCGGAUAAAGCUGGCCAAUCCAAUCAACUUGUUGCGGAUCCGCUGCGUCGCCCAGUAUUGAUUUAGCACAUAUAGCAGACAGUUGUGAUUCGGGUUCCGAUUCCCAGCCAGCUGUCUCCACUUUAGCCCGUUCCCGUUCCCGUGCCCGUGAAUUUCAGCCUCUGCCUCUGCCCCCCAUAUCAUAUAUUCUAUAUACGAUACGACGCUUCUCCAAAAACCGAUACACCAUACGAUACCAUAUUUGUGUUCGUUUUUCAUUCGCGGAGGCGGAGGUGGCGAAGAGAAGCGGAGGAGGAGGAGAAGGCGGCCGUGGAUAAGGCGGAGGAGGAGGAGGAGGUGGACACCAGAGCAAAGCGGAAUUGACGCAAUUGCUGAGAACUAUUUUUAAUGGUCAGCAGCGGGUCGAAAAUGUACGAAACUCAUCAAAUAUUCAGAAGACAAGCAGCCAAUAAGCUGAGGCAGUGAUUCGGAAGUCCGGAGUCAAUUGGCCGAUGGAAUCGGAGGAGUGCGCAGUGGACACCAUGGAGAAUCGCCGCCUGCCGCUGUUUCCCAUCGAACCGGAGCCAUCCGUAACGGCCACGCAGCGCCUGACGCUCCUGGCCACCAGACUGCUACGUGCUUUGCAACUUAACUGGAGGAUUAUCGUCUCGGGCAUCACACUGACACUGCUGGCCGUCAUCUGGUAUUAUCCCACCUUCUUUCUGUUCUUCGCCUUCGUGGUCUAUUCUCUGGUCUUGGUCUUUGCGGCUGUGGCCGGCACCGUCUAUAUUCAUUAUAUAUUCACCACCAACGAGCCGACGCCACCAAGUCGCGUGCCCUCGCGACUGCUCUACAAUGCCACCAAAAGCAACAUCUUCGAUCUGCCCAAACCCAUUAAGAAUCCCUCGAAUCUGCCCUUGAUUUUCGGCAAAACAGUGGACCUGCAGCUUCAGCAGAUCAUUGAAUAUGUUCUACGGGACUUUAUGUUGCCAUGGUUGGGUUAUGUGGUUACCAAGCCCAAGCUGAUCAACGAUGUGGUGCGCGAGGAUCUGUGGAACGCCAUACAGAAGAUCCAUGAGCGGGCCACGCGAAUGGACGCUGCCAAAAUCAUAGCCGUGGACAUGGUCAACCGAGUGACGGUGCAUCUGGAGAAGAUUCGCAUUGCGGAGGCCAGAGCAGCUGAAACAAACUCGCCUCCGGUUUUCAGUACCAACCCGUACCUCGCCGAUGAAGAGAAGGAGAUGGAGUUCCUGCGCAAGCUGUGUGAGAUUAUGGUGAUCCUGCUGCUGCCCCGCGGCUACUCCCUGCCCCCACUGAAAGUCCUGCUCAGCGAGAUUCUCUCCUACAAGAUAUUCUUUCCCAUGAUCAAAAUGCUCACAGCACCGGAUUACAUUAACCAAAAGGUGGUGCAGAACAUCGAGACUCGUUUGGCGGCGGCGGCGAUGAGCAAGCGGAGCUACGAGUACGCAGCCAGCUUCGAGGACUUUCUCAAGAUUAUCAACAACUCAGGCAACCUUGAGGAGCUCUCGCUCAUCCGCAAGAGCAUCGUCAACGACCUGAUGCAUGCCACCACCAUGCAGAAUCUGCAGCGUGCCAAAGGCCUCGAUCCGGAUCACGAGGACCAUUCGCUCUCCAAGUCAGAGCUCACGGCCGCCGUCCGGCUGAAGCGCUAUGUGCGCCAGCUCACGAUGGCCAAGGGCGAGUGCGAGAAGAACCUGGCCAAGUUCGGCUGGAAUGGCAACUACUCAAGCGAUAUUGACCUAACGCUAGUUGAGAUCCUGAACACUGCGGUGGGCCGUCGCUACUUCACCCUGUUCCUGGAGCCGCUGAAGGCCAGCGCCCUGAUUGGUUUCUAUUUGGCCGUGGAGGAGAUCAAGCACGCGCACAAGUCGGCCAGCCAUCAGCUGGGCACGGAGAUCUUCUAUACAUACAUCCGGGUGCCCAAGUCAGAGAUUCACAUCGACAAGCACGAGCGCAAGCUGAUCGAAACGUUCCUGCUGGGCGAUGCCGAUCCGGAUAUAUUCUAUGACAUCCAGCGCAAUAUAUUGCGCACGCUGGAGGAGAAAUACUAUCCGCCAUUUGUGCUGAGCGAUCAAUACCGCCAGCUGAAGGAGGCGUUGGACUCCAAUGAGAUUGCAGAUCCUACGCUGCUUAUGUGCCACACCAUUGGCGAUGCCCCGGAGCCGCUGGCGGAUGAGCAGCCGGGCGUAUCGGAUGGACUUAACGGCGGGGCCGGUGGGGCCAUCGAUGUGGCCGCCCACACGUCGUAUGCACGACGAAAACUGGAACAAAUACAGGAACGCAUUGACAAAAAGAACCAGGCGCUGGACGCCCUCAAGUACUCCGUGAAGCCGGAGUCCAAGGUACUGUCCAUACUCGAGAAGGAGAUGGAAUGGCUGAAGAGCGAGAAGCGCCAGACGGAGGCGCAUUUGCGUCGCACAGACGCCUGGACGGAGCAUUUGGGCAAGUGGAAAGCGACCAUACAAAGCGUGGAGGUCUCCGAUGAGAAGGAAUCGCUGCAGUUUAUGAUCCUGGUGCAUGUGGACGAAGACAUAAAUGCGCCACAGCAACCGACCUCAUCCAAGAACGGCGACAGCGGCCAUGCCCAUAUGCGCAGGCGACCCUCGGGCAUCUCCAGCGGCUGGGUGGUAAUGCGCUCCCUCAACCAAGUGCAUGAGCUACAGCGGAAACUGAGGCACGUGAGCUCCAACCUGAAGGCCAUCGACCUGCCCACGAAUUUCAAGUUCUUUUUCCUGAAGGCAGACAGGCAUGGCCAGGAGAAGGCUAAGGCACAGAUUCAGAAGUUUUUGAAUUUCAUUUUGGAGGACGACCACCUGAAUGGCAGCGAGGCCAUCUACACGUUUCUUAGUCCCAGCUCGGAUCACCUCAAGCAAUCGCUGCCCUCGCCAAAGAAGUCCAAGUUCUCGCUGGCCACGCUUUUCCGCAGCGAUGCUGGAAAGGCCCACGAGGCCAGCAAGGCCACCGAUCCCUUUUGGGGGCUGCAGCGCGACGACGAAGACAUAUCCAACUAUCUGGAUGGCGAGUCCGGCGGUGAGGCCAAAAUGCUAGCUGCGGAUCUGGACAGCAAGGACUCAAUAGCGGAACCGAUGUACGCUUUGAUGGGCGAGAUCUUCGACAUGGGCGGGGUGUUCAAGUGGCUGCGCAAGAGUCUCAUCUCCUUUGUCCAGAUCACAUACGGCCGGACGAUCAAUCGGCAGAUCCGCGAAUCGGUGGCCUAUCUGUUCGAGGAGUCAAUGCUGCACAACUACUUCUCGGCCAUCCUCAAGUCCUUUUGGCCGGGCGGCGUCCUGGCCUCUGCCUAUCCGACGCGAUCGGAGGAUAUGCGGGAGAUGACCACCACGGCGGCCAAGGCGCUGCUCACCGAUCAUAUACCGGAGGUGCUGUGCAACCUGGUUGGGGCCCAGGCGGCCAAGCGAGGUGUCCUCAAGGUGUUCGAGGCCCUGCAGAAUCCCGCCUACAACAAGCAGCUAUUCUAUGAGUUGCUGGAGAUACUCAUGAUUGAGUUCUUUCCCGAGAUCCGCCAGCUGCGGGUCAACAAUGCCAAUGGAACCAAGUUGAAUACGGCCACCGCUGGAGCGGCAGCUGCCUCUGCUGCAGCGGCAUUGGUGGCUGCCACGGCAUCCGCUUCGCUGCCCUCGCUGAAUCACAGUGGCGGAGGGCACAGUGCGUCCGCGGGAGGCCACCAGAACCAUCAGGGAUCCUCGACGGCGAGCGGAUCCGCUGCGGGAGGCAGUGGCUCCGGCGGUGGUGGGGCAGCGUCGCACCACCAGUCGCACUACCACCACGCUACAUCCCACCACCACCACCACUCGCAGGCGGGCAGCUCCAAGUAGGGACGACGCCCCACUUCGUUUUACCUUACCUUAACUUUAACUUAAACUUAAACUUACAUUUAUUUUUUUUAUUUAUGUUUUUCGUUUGAUUUUAUGUUUGAUGUUUAAUGCUCUCUGUCUCGCUCUUUCUGAGAACGGUGGAUAUUGUUGAUUUAGCCGGAGAAAGGGAUUACAAAGAAUAGUUAAGUAGGAGGCAACACAACUCAGUAGUUACACCAGUAUCAUUCCCUGUACAAAAUGCAGACUUAAAAUCCAUAUGAUUUCGGUCCUUGUUGUUGAUUCGUUUGUCCAUCACCUCCCGUAGGCCAGAUUUGUUAGUUAUGUGUAUAUGUCUGUACAUAGGUCAGUAUUAAGCGUUGUACCAAAUUGUUGUUUAUAUACUCGUAUAGUGAAAUGUGACACUCAGCUUUGAUUGAUUAUUAAUUAUAGUUUAUAGUAGCAGAUAUUGAGCCCAAAGUUGUGUCUGCAGCUGGCGGUGAGUCGGUGCUUGUGAUCCCCAAUCCGCUCCAGCUGCAGAUCCGUCUCCCCCAUCACAAAAAGAUUAUAGAUCACAAGGCAGGUGAGAUUAGUUGGAGGCAAACUCGUAAGUGUAUUAAACAGUGCGUUCCAUGGCUAUAAGGCAGGUCUAGGGGUCACAAUCUUGUUGCUUUUGCAGAUUCGUUAAACUAUGGCUGAAUGGCAGGAUAUUGAUUGUAUGGUUUUUAAUUAUUUAAGUUUUAUUAUGGCUCCUUUACACAUAAUUCAGUUUAUACUUUUCCCUGUUGAGCGAAAGUUGUAUUCCUUUUCGAAUUUGUAAUUUAGUUAUUUAUUUGUUCAAACCUUUUAUUCUUUAAUUAAAAAUUGUAUUCCAAAUUUUCCCCAACUGACCAAAAAUUGUAUUUUAAUGACUUAUAGUUGCCUAAAGCUGUCUUUAAACAGUACGUUUGAUAACAAUAAAACAGUCGUAAGUCAGGACUUUAAAGAAGCAUUAAUCCCAAAGCACUUGGAGUGAUCCAACUGCAUUUUGAUACCAAAAUGAGAUUCAAAAAUCCAAAUUAGUAGAAUAAACUAGGGCCGAAAACUGUUUUAUGGACCUGAAACGCCCUGUAGACACCCACCACCCCCAAAAAAAACCCAAAACCCACUUUAGCACUAGGCAAAAUGGCACUUAGACGAUUCAUCCCAGUGAGCCAAACGUAUCCCACUUAACACCCACAUCCUGGCAAAGUUUCUAGGCGCUUUCAAUCUAUUUAUGUAUUGCAGUUGUACACUUUUAUGUGAAAAUGCGAAAUAAAGUUCGCUAUUUAUGUA